AUGAGCCAUACUACGAGGUCUAGAACUCCACUCUCUAGCAGGAGUAUUAAUCACAGAAUAAAUAAUGUCAAUAAAAUUACGAUAUCUAAGAACAGCAUUGAAAAAGUGUCUCCUUUGAAACGUAGUGAUAUUGAUAUUUCAAUUGCAUUAAAAAAAAGUCCUAUCCGUAGGUCAAACGACAGUGCUCUUUUGAGAAGUAGGUCGAACUCAAGAUCACCAAUAAAAAAUAAGAAUUCGACACCAGAACCAUUUACAUUAUUUGAGGAAACGCAAGAUCAAAGAGCUACUGUAUUGAUGAACCAUAUGUCUCUAACCAGAAAUCUCAGAACAUACCGUGAUGAAAAUGAUUGGGAAUUUAUAAAAGAGAACAUGUCACCAAAUAAAUUAAAAAAUAGAGAGACUGCACAAGAAUUAUUGAAUAAAACAAGGCAAAAUAGUCACCGUCAAAUUUUAAAGGAUCUAAGCAUUUCAGAGCAUAAAGGUUAUAUAGAAGAUCCAAGAACUAGAGAAUCCUCCGAGUUAAAUAUCCAUAUUAAAAAUGGAAUAAGUAUCCCUUCAUUUGUUACUCCGCCAAGGGAUAAGAAUAUUAAAGACUAUUUUAAAGUUGCGGGAACUUUCGAUAAAACUGUUAUACAGAACACUACAUCGCGUAGCACUGAUGAUAUUCCUAAGGAUAAAGUUAUAAGAAAGCUAAAUUUCAAUAUUUGCAGUUACUAA